CUCUAUAAGCUCAUGUUUUGGUGCUUCUCUUGCAAAACCCACCUCUAAAUCUCUCUGUCUUCUUCUCUCCUCUCCUCUCUCUCUCCCUCUCUCUCUCUCAAUUCAUUGUUACCCUAAUAUUCUUCUCUCUUUCUCUUGCAAGUCACAGCACUUUUGUAACCAUGUUAAUUUUCUGCAUCUGAAGCUGCUCUAAGCUUAGAAAGAUCAGUCUCUCUCCUCCAACAAAACUUCAUAUAUAGUGGCUAGCUUAUGAGAUAUGUCAUCAUCACAGCAAGCAGGAAAUCAUAGCCCUGGGAUUUGUUGUGCUCAUCGUCGUCAUCGUUAAUCCACUCUCUAUAUUAUGUGAUUAACUUCUUUCUUUUCCUUAGCGUAUCUCAGUAACUAACCAAAACUACUGUUUUCAUUUUCAGUGUUGUCGUUCUAAAGGAGACGGCAAAUUUAGAAGACAAGUCCUAGAAUUCGGAAUUCCCUCUUCUAUAUUUCUCAUCUUGUGUCCUGUAAUUUCUUUUCUUGGUACCCGGGUUAGAAAAUUGACAAGACCCAAAGAAAAAUAACCCAGAGAGAGAGAGAGAGGGAGGGAGAGAUAAAAGCUAGGAAUGGAACUUUCUAGUCAAGAACCAGAAAUGCCAAUCCCAAUAAGCAGUACUACAUAUGGUGGGGAACGUGGUAAUGGCCAUGGGCAGGAGGGGCAUGGGAACAUGGCCCAUCAUCAUCUCUACCACCGCCAAGACCCUUCCAAUGGCUCCUCCAUUAAACAACCAGCCCUUCUAGAUCAACAAGACCAUGGACCCUACAUGAAGAAGAAGGAGGUAAGGUACAGAGAGUGCCUUAAGAAUCAUGCAGCUUCCAUGGGAGGUAAUGCCCUUGAUGGCUGUGGUGAGUUCAUGCCUAGUGGAGAAGAAGGCACCAUAGAGGCCUUAACCUGCUCAGCUUGCCACUGUCACAGAAAUUUCCACAGAAAAGAAGUAGAAGGUGAGUCUUCUUACUACAAAUUUGGAAGGAAAUUCUUCUUGGGAGAUCAUCACAAUAGUGUCCUAGCAGCUGCCCCAGAGGCCCUUGUGGGGUACCCCACAGGCAACAUUCUGCCUUCAAGAACUGUACCACCACACCAGAUGAUACUGCCCUACAAUGUAGCGCCUGGGCCGCUUCCUUCGGAAUCAGACGAGCAAGAGGAUGGUGGUGGUGGAAUAAUGGUGAGUAGGCCAGCAUCAUCACAGAUAGUGAAGAAGAGGUUCAGGACAAAGUUCACACAGGAGCAGAAAGAGAGGAUGCUGGAUUUUGCAGAGAAAGUUGGGUGGAAGAUUCAGAAGCAGGAAGAGUCCGUUGUGCAACAGUUCUGUCAAGAGAUUGGAGUCAGAAGAAGAGUGCUCAAGGUCUGGAUGCACAACAACAAACACAAUCUAGCCAAAAAAAUUAUUAAUCCCCCACCACCCCCACCACCAACAUCAACUACCGCAACUGCUUAGUUAGUUAAAGCUUUAAAAAGUUAAUUAGAAGAACAUCUGAUGAUGUUAUUGCCUCAUUAUUUAGCUUGAGCUAUAUUAAUUAGUAUGGUCCCGUGCAUUGCCGGGCUCUUGAAAAAUGACUUGUACGAUUCACUUGUGAUUUGUUAGAGUUUUUAUAUUAUAUAUAAAUCUUAUCUAUAAAUUAUUACUAGUUAAACGUGUUAGCGAGGCUUUCUUGAUCUGUAUCUUAGCCAUUUCUUGACCAUUGGGGUCUGUUUAAGGAUAAAGUUUUAGUUGCACUA